UAGAUCUGCUAUACAUAUACAAUACUUUAUGUUUUAUUGUAUGGUUCGCGAUCAAGUUAGGUAAUUUUUAAAAAGUGUGUUCUAAUCUAGUCCUAGCUUGGAUUACAUCUCUACUCCAGUUAAUCAAACAAUGUGCUGGCCCUGAUGGACAUGCUGGUGCACCCUACCUAACAGCUGUUGAUGACCGCAGUGUGCCCAGAUGGCAGAGGGACCAGCACGGCUGUCGGCCUAUGAAAGAUUUGGAAGCGCUCUCAUACCACAGAAGUUACGAAAGCGAUUGUUUUCAAGACACAGACAAAAUGAAGACCGUGUUGUUUACGUUGACAACCGUGCCCUGCCCGGUGAUGGCAUUACAGAGGAAAUUAAAUACCCCAGCAACACAGUGGUUUCAUCUAAAUACACCAUCAUCACAUUUCUGCCGAAGAAUUUGUUUGAACAGUUGCGAAGAGUUGCCAACUUUUAUUUUCUCUGUGUGGCUGUCAUCCAGUUUGUUAUCGACACCCCAGUCACUCCACUGACCAGCAUCCUACCUCUGGUGUUUGUCCUCGCUGUCACUGCCAUCAAACAGGGUUAUGAGGACUGGUUGCGUCACAGAGCGGAUAAUGAGGUCAACCUGCGUCCAGCAUCCAUCAUACGCAGCGGCAAGCAGCAGCCAGAUGUUAGAGCAAUGGACAUCAAGGUUGGCGACAUCGUGAAGGUGAGCAUGAAUGAAGAGUUCCCGUGUGACCUGGUUCUGCUGUCUUCCCAUGACCCCCAGGGUCAAUGUUUUGUGACAACCGCCAACCUGGAUGGAGAGACCAACCUGAAGACACUGUACUGUUUGAAUGAGACCCGGGGCUAUGCCACACCUGAAGAACUCUUCAACCUGCGAGCCAAGAUCAAAUGUAAGGCGCCAAUAGCAGAUCUCUACACGUUUGAAGGGGUCAUGGACUUUGGAUCUGAGGCUGAAGCCAAGCCCUUGAACCCAGAGAAUCUGCUGCUGCGUGGGGCCAGGUUGAAGAAUACAGAAUACAUUUAUGGCUGCGCUGUAUACACUGGCCGUGACACUAAAAUGGCCCUGAAUUCCAAGUUCAAAAAGGCCAAGUUCUCUCGUGUUGAAAGGAAAAUGAACGCCUUUCUCCUGGUGUUCCUUGUGAUCUUGCUGGUGGAGUCUGUGGUGUCUGCUGGUCUCAAGUUUUGGUUUGAAGAUGUCCAUGUCUACCCCUGGUAUGUUGAUAAGGAGCAGGUCAGCAAUAAGGCAAAGGACGCUGUAGAGACAGCCUUGGCCUUCAUGGUCUUGUACAACUAUGUCAUCCCCAUCUCUCUCUAUGUGACUGUAGAAUUGCAGAAAUUUUUAGGGUCGUUGUUUUUUGGUUGGGAUGUGUUGAUGUAUGAUCCAACAAUUGAUGAGCCAGCCAAAGCUAUCACAUCAGAUCUUAACGAAGAACUGGGACAGGUGGAGUUCCUAUUUACCGACAAGACAGGAACUUUGACAGAAAACACAAUGGCAUUUAGGCAAUGCUGUAUUGGAAAACGUCAGUUUGAGGAAAUCAAUGGACGGCUGUAUGAGAGGAAGGAGGAGCAGACAGAUUUGAAAAAUGAGGUCCAGUUUUCUCCGGACAUGGACACAUUUUUUAAAGUCUUGGCCCUGUGCCACACGGUGAGGAUUGACCGGCACCACACCGCUGCAGGCACGUCCAGUUCUUACAGUCCAACUGGGGCUGAGUAUGUGUACCAGGCCAGCUCACCUGAUGAGAAGGCUUUGGUGGAAGCCUGCGCAAGAUUUGGAGUUGUCUACCAUGGCAUGAAAGAUGACAUGAUGGAGGUCACAUUCCACAAGAAAAUGAAACAUUUCAAACUCUUGCAUACCUUGCCCUUUGACCCUACCAGGAAAAGGAUGAGUGUGAUAAUUGAAGAUGAUAAUGGGGAGAUCAUUCUCAUGUGUAAAGGAGCAGACAUGGCUAUCAUUGAUAGAGCUGUGUAUGGUGAUAUACCUGAAACCCAGAAAUACAUUGAUGAAUAUGCUGUGCUUGGUUUGAGAACCCUGAGCAUCGCAGUGAGAAAGCUGAGCCAACAGGAUUACAAGCAUUAUGACCAGCUCUUGUGUGAGGCCAAAAGGUCACUGGUCAAACGAACUGAAAUGCUCUCAGAACUGUACAAUGAGAUGGAAGACAAGCUGACAUUACUGGGUGCCACAGCUGUUGAAGACAAACUCCAGGCUGAUGUUCCACAGACCAUUGAGGCAUUGAGGCUGGCUGGCAUCAAGGUGUGGGUGCUGACUGGUGAUAAAGAGGAAACAGCCGUCAACAUCAGCCACUCUGCUGGUCACUUCAACACGUCCAUGACAGAGCUCAGGCUGACCCAGGUGGCAUCAGAGGAGCAGUACGAGGCGCAGAUCACGAUAUUGCUGAACAACACCACCUUGUCUGAGCCUGAUGUGGAGUACGCUCUGAUCAUUGAUGGGAAAAGUUUGGUGUUUGCCUUCCAGAAAAAUGUUGACUGGUUGCGGGAGUUGUGUCUCAAGUGUGUUGCUGUGUUAUGCUGUAGGAUGUCGCCCCUACAGAAGGCACAGAUAGUUCAGAUGAUAAAAAAAUGUAAAUCCAGGCCUGUGACGGCAGCUAUAGGGGAUGGGGCCAACGACGUCAGCAUGAUACAGGAGGCUGAUGUUGGUUUUGGAAUUAUGGGUAAAGAAGGGAGGCAAGCGGUGCGUAACAGUGAUUACGCUUUUGGUAAAUUUAAAUUUCUUCGUCGUGCAUUACUAUUCCAUGGUCAUCUCUACUACCACAGAAUAGCAACACUCGUGCAAUAUUUUUUCUAUAAGAAUGUGGCUUGGAUCACAGGCCAAUUGUUUUAUGCUAUUUUUAAUGCCUGGUCCGAGCAGACGUUGUAUGAUCCCUUCUACCUGGUGUUUUACAACCUGUGCUUCACCUCCCUGCCCAUCCUCAUUUUUGGCAUCUUUGAGCAGCACAAGGCACAGGAUGAGCUGCUCAACCGCCCUGCGCUCUACAGGAAUGUCACAAGAAAUGCCAAGCUGAGCUGGCCUCAGUUCAUUAAAUGGAAUAUGUUGGGCUUAUGGCACUGUUGUGUGUUCUUUUUUGUGGCCUACUUUCUUCAGUGGAAGGGUGUGCCUGUUUUCAGUGCAGGGGAGGCUUUAGGAAACUAUGACUUUGGUACAUUAAUUUAUUUUUCAUGCGUGGCAUCAGUCAAUAUAAAGCUAAUGCUAGAGACUUACUACUGGUGUCUGCCCACGUUCAUCUCUUACAUCAUCACAUUUUUGGGCAUCAUUCUUCUAGUUGCCGUCUACACAAAUGUCUUUUGGCCGUCAUUCAUCUCCUCCACCAACGACCUGUACAGAGCCCUGGCCCAGAUCUACAGCUGUCCAGUCACCUGGCUGGCCAUGUUCCUCAUGAUUGUCCUGGCCCUGCUGCCAGACUACAUCCUGCGAGUGGUCAAUGACAUCAAGGCCACAAAAUCUUCUAACAAAAGUGCCAGACAUUUCCACAAACAGAACAGGAUUUCCUCUGCAAAUGGACAAGCGCAAGUAGGGUCCACUUCUGCAAGAAGGCCACAGGAAGUGGACUUUACUUCCAACCAGACUUACGGCCAAGAGAUAGAGCUACAAAGCUCACCCAACGGAUUCAACAAAAAGUUGACCGGAUACGUCAACCCCGCCCUGAGCCUCUCCUCGGAAAAUUUGUCAGCGCCCGCCCCACCCACCAACACCCAUCACACUAGCAAUGGACAUGCUAUAAAAAUGAAGGACCCCCAUAGAAACAACUCUGCUCCAGUGAUCUCUAGAGAAAAAGAUUCCGAAACUGUGUUCACCAUCAGCCUCCCCACUCAAGAUUUGACAGUCAAGCAAGAGGACAUCAGUCACAAUCUGCCCACACCGGAGCAUGUGCCUAGCAACGGGGGUGUGGCUAAGCAGACCACACACUCCCCUAAACAUGACAGGACCCACUCCCCUAAACAGUUUAAAAAACCCCAGCCCUCGCCCGCCACCAAGAAGAAGAGCCGAGUGUUGGAGGUUGUGUUAGAUGACUCAUACCCUGAUGUGAUCGCCACUAAUUAUAAAAAAAUUGACUCGGAUCAUUCUGACACAGUUUCUGUCACCAGACUUUCCCCUUCCCAGAUCUCUGUUCCAGUCUUGGAGGAAGAAAGUUCCAGUGAUAGAAAUAAACUCUCAGUACCCCAGGUUUCUGUGUCAGUGCCAGAGGAAGAAACUGAAUCCUAUAACUAUAAACUUUAGACGCCAGAUGGGACUAUGUUUUAUGUUGGCCAGAUACAUUUUCACCAGGCAGCCUAAGUGUAUUUCAGACAUGUUCUGGUUUUCAGUUGAAAACUUUCAGAGAACUUUGUAGGCUUGUUGAACUAUCAUGCUGAAAUUCUUUCAUGGAAAUCUUACAUCCAACAAAAGAAAGAUUGAAGUUAUAUGAAGGUGAACAGGUGAAACUACAAACUGCGUAUUUUUUACUCACCUCAAGUGGUAAGUUGUAGGAUGGAUGAUUUACACACUUGUAAUGGGUUAAACUAAACAUUACAUUCCUCAUACUUUUUUUAAAAUGAUAAAAUGUGAUUUUUGUGUAAACCAUUUAAAUGCACAUUUAUUCUCUAAAUUAAACUAGUACAAUGCAAACAAGUUGUAGGUACACUGUGUACAAAGCCUGCAUACGGUGUACAUAUUCCUGGUAUUUUUACCUAGUGAGUAGUACAACGAAAUAUGGACAGGCCUAUGCUAAAAUGAAUUUAAUGUAAUCUUUGAAAGAUGAAUGAGCAUGUUGUAACAUUUUUCUCUGGUUACCGUUGCUUUCCUCAGUACAUCACCACAUUCCAAAUGUGCUUUAUUUACAAAGUAUAUCAUCCAUAUUUUUUUUUUCAGAUUUUUUUCCUGUUUAAUGCAUAAUAUUUUUUUAAAUUUGUACAAAGCAUUCUCCAUCAAUGAUAAAUGCUCUUAUUUAUUAUGUUUUAUUCAUAUUUUUACAGUGUUUAUUUACAACAGCACUGAAAAUUUCACAGAGCUUGCAAUGAUUUAUCAUUAGGAUCACUUUAAAAGGCCAAUAAUUUCAUAACUUAAUGCCAGUGUUAAAGAAAAGAAACUUGUCUCCAUUUUUAUUUAGCUGUGCUAGUUUAUUUAAUUCCUUUAAGGAACGCUCACAAUUUCUAAUCCAUUUUUAUGGAUUAUUAUAGCUAAUCUUUUAUAAAUAAUAUGGAAGAGAUUAUAAUAAUUAAUCCUUAAGACCCUUAUAUGUUUUUUUUAAAUUGUAUUUAUGCUGUGCCUAUUAAUGAUUACACAAAACAUUCCAAGUAAUUUUCAGUGCAGUGCAUAUGAUGGAUAUUUUUUAAUCUGAGCUGCAGUUGACACAGGCCAAAAGAGGAGUUGUGUGCUGCCAUUUUUUAAACAUUUAAAUACUUUUUUGUACGCUGCCAAAUUAAGUUUUUUGUGAACAGCAAAAAAUUAAAUAGUUUCCAUGACCUGCCCUUUACUUUCUUAAUGACAAUUUUUUUUUAUAACUCAUCACUUUUCACUACUAUUUGAUACAUCAAGCUGCUUAUCUGAGACAAUAAAAAAACUAUCAUCCGUCAUAAUUGAAACCAAUAAUAAAUGGAACAAACAAUUAUCUGGCAAUAAUUUCAAAUAUCUCAGAAGGCUGUUUAGUAUCCAAGUUUUGAAAUUUUAUUUUUUAUAUUUCUAUUUUGUGACCUCGAUGUAUUACGGGGAAAUCAAAAAAAUUUGCAAUCAGUUUUUACCCUGAUCAUUUCUGGGGUGAAAAAUCAUUUUGCCAUCAAUUUUUUUUUACAAUUGUUAUUUGUUGAUAUUGUAGCGUCACAACUGACAAGGCCUUCAUGAUGUUUAAAAAUGUUGUAUGACUAUUUAUAGUUCUAUGACUAUUUAUUAGGAAAUAUUGUAAAUAUAAUGCAAAGUUGUAUGUCAUUGAUGUGAAGUUUGUGUCACCCACCUCCUCAUCACAGGUUUUACUGUCACAAAUUGCUAAAUUUUUUACCCUUUUUUGCUGUUCGGCUGCUGUAUUCAAUUUUUUAGAAAUAAGUGGGUAAAAAUUACUUGAUAAAUCAUGUCAACAUUACCAAUCUUAUGUAGUUAAUAACUCAGUAUUUUUUUAAUCAUAAGUUGAAAGGAUUGUCACAGAUUUUAAGCUAACUUAUGAGCAAUGAUUACAAUGUGACUUCUUCAAGUUUGUGGAAAUUCCUUUAAGUCCAAAACUCAUGUUUACUCAACGGAUGGAAACUAAAAUGUUAAGACAACAUCCCACUACUUAGAUAAAAUUAUGUUAGCAAAAUUUUAUUUUGUGAUGCCAAAAUUUUUUAUAGGAUUAAAUAGAAGCAAUACUGCAUGAAUAUUGUAUGAUAUAGUCAACUAAAAUGUAGCCGUCUAUUUGAAAUGUCUUUCUUGUUUUUACAGUCGCUGCACCACACACAGAAUCUAAGUUGCUGUUUAUCUUCUUGCUCAAUUUUUAAAUUCUUUUUGAAAAUUUUUAUUUUUAAAACUGAACAUUUGGACAGUGAUGCAUAAUUUUUUUAAAUCUGUGUUUCUGAAUAUUUCUAGAAAGUAAAACCAUGCCGCACCACAGAUCUCUGUAGCUACUUGUGGUUUGCAGGUUUUUUACUUUUAUUUUAUGAGAGCUUCUUCUGUGGUAUAUCACUAUUUUCUUAGCUCAAGAUAAAGCAUGUUUAUUUCCAAGUUAAUGAAGCAAUGCUAAAGCCACAACUUUUGUGGAUUUAUACGGGCAUACAUUUUUGUGAACAUGUUUGCCUUGAAUAUGUUUUAAACCAAGCUAUUUAUACACAAAAGCAGUACAAUAUUUUAUGCAAACGUCAGUGAGCUAAAAUUCUAUUUAAAAAGCUGUUGCUAAAAAUUGUUUGAUUUGUAUUUAAAAGAACUUCACAUAAAUCAAUAAAACAGACUGUUAAAUAACACUUUUUAAUUUCAUUCAAAAUAUUCUAAUUUGUAAGUCUAUCUUAGAAUUCCCACUUCUAAAAGAAGCAAUAAUUUUUAAAGACAAACAUUUUAAUAAAUAAUCCAUUUUUAUACAUUUACAUUGUACAUCCAAGCAAUCUUGUUAUUUUUUAUGUAUUGUUGGUUCAUUAAAGAGGUGAGAGUU